AGAACAACAAAAAAAGUUCACCGCAUCAUUUUCUUCAUUGUGGACACAGUCUUGUAUGUCCACAACGUCAUUAGACAGCCUGGAUGUGGUCUAUAUCGUGGUGGAGGCUGUUAUUGGGAUAUGUGCGCUGGUGGGCAAUGCCUUGGUGAUUUGGGUGGUGAAGCUGAACCCGGCUCUUCAGAAGACCACCUUCUUUUACAUCAUUUCCCUGGUACUCACUGACAUUGCCAUGGGGAUCCUUGUCAUGCUGCUGGCCAUCAUGGUGAGCCUAGGAGUUGUCAUCCACUUCUACUCCUGCUUGUUCAUGUGCUGCCUGUUGAUGAUUUUCCCCCAUGCCUCGAUCCUGUCUCUCCUGGCCAUCACCAUCGACAGGUACCUGCGAGUGAAGCUGCCUUCCAGGUACAAGGCAACCAUCACAAAGCAAAGAGUUUGUGCGAUUCUGGGAUUCUGUCGGCUUGUGUCUGUGCUGGUGGGGCUGGUCCCCAUGCUGGGGUGGAACCAGCACACAGGUGGCUCCGGCUACAUCGAGUGUCACUAUUUGGCUGUGAUGAGAAUGGAUUACGUGGUGUACUUCAGCUUCUUUACCUGGAUCCUCCUCCCCUCGCUUAUCAUGUGUACCCUGUACGCCAACAUCAUGCGGACAAAAUUAAGCCGAAACUCAGCAAGUCUUCCAGAUGAAGGAACAGUUUAUGCGAAGGCGUACAAAACAGCCAAAUACAUGGCCCUCCUUCUCUUCCUCUUUGCAGUGUCUUGGCUGCCUCUGGGCAUCCUGAACUGCAUUUCAUACUUCUGCCUCUCCUGCACCGUCCCACGGACCCUGAGCAUCCCGCUGUCACACGCCAGCUCAGCCAUGAACCCCAUUGUCUAUGCCUUCAAGAUACAGAAGUUCAAGGAAACAUGCACUUUCAUUCUGAGGACUUACAUCCUGUUCCAAAAGUCAGAGUUGGUCAUUUCUAGCGCAGAGCACACGGCAGAGCAGCUGGGAGUGAGUGUGAUCUGAGCGAGUGCUGCGCCGGGGCUGUGUCCAGGCUGUGUUCGACUGAAACAUCUGGGGAGCAGCAAGCAGGGCGGAUGUGGCACAGCCACUGGGGUGUAUUUCUCAGCUUGUGCCUUCUGGAUCUGUAAUUGUGCUUGUGUUUUGCUGUUAAGCUAACUGAGCUCUGAGCAGUGAGGUGAUUAGUUCAGAAUCCUAGUUAAUUAAAACAAACAAACAAA